UUUUUUCGACGUGCUGUCUUCAGAGCCUAUUCGAAUGGAACCUGAAAUUAAGUUUUCUGAUUCUGUGGAUCAAAAUGACACUGCUUACGCAUUGUUUCAUUAUGGAAGCGAAUAUAUCCUCAACGCGGAAGUUCCACAAACUGUGACACCAAUCGUGGUAUAUUCAGUGGCGGCUGUGGCUCUAAUGACAAUUUGGUAUUUUUUGUUUGUGCGGCCAUUUGAUUGGAAUCGGGAUUUCUCAGAUCUGGGUUUUGACGACGUCAAAGCCAAAUACCCAAAUGUGCGUACACAAAAACUAGUUAUCGAUAGUCUACGACGAAGGAAAAAAGUUGAUGAUAUGCCACCGGUAUAUCCCAACGGAUGGUUCAUCAUCUUGGAAACGGAUAGUCUACCAAAAAAUGCAUCAAAAGAAGUUAGUGUUCUUGGUUUGAACUUAUUGGCAUGGAGAGGUGGCAGUGGAAAAUCUUAUGUCACUGAUGCCUACUGCUCAGAUUUGAAAGCUGAUCUUAGUCUGGAGGGACAAGUUAAUGGGGAGCACAUCGAAUACUAUGCUACAGGAAGGAGACUAUCUGGUUCUGAUGGAAAAUUAAGAAAAAUCUCUUCCUUGUCUGACGCAACUGAAUUAGCGACCGUAAAACUGUGGGAUACGAUGGAAAUGAAUGGAUUUAUUUAUUUGUGGUAUCAUGCCGAAGGAGAAUGUCCCAAUUGGCACCCACCGAUAUUUUCGCAAAUCGAAUCGGGCGAAUGGAAAUACAGAGGCAGAUCGGAAUUCAAGGUUGCAUGUCACAUUCAGGAAAUACCAGAAAAUGGAGCUGAUGUGGCGCAUCUGAAUGUUGUUCACAAGCCAGCAAUGUUUACCGGUGGUAAGCCGAUCGAUGCUCUUUUUAAAUGGUCGUUCUUGAAGCAUGUAUGGAGCGCCAGUUGGGCGGCUAACGAACGAUUGGGAGAAGAGCAUCAGGCUGUUAUGAAGGUUCAUCACCAUAUGAGCGUAUUCGAUAAAAUCUCAUUGAUGUCAAUGGAUGUCGAAGCACAUCAGAUCGGGCCCGGUCUAGUUUUUCUGGAAUUUAACGGAUUUUUUGGGAAAGGCAUUUUGUUCUUCAUGGUAACUCCAUUGGAGCCGCUUAUGCAGAAGAUUACGCAUCGCUUCUAUUCGUCCAGUUCUAUGUUGCAUCCAUUCGGAAUGCUCAUUCUGCUGGGUGAAGCCAUUCAGUUGGAGCGAGACAUAGCUAUCUGGAAUCGUAAGACAUUCGUCAAUCGACCGCUUCUGACGAAGGAGGACAAGGCGAUUAAAUCGUUUCGAAGAUGGUUCAGUCAAUUCUAUUCAGAGAAUAGUCCGAAAUAUCACAGUCCUGAUCGGAGUGGCGGUGAUGUUUGAAUAAAAAAAUUCUGA